ACACUCAUCCUAUGUUUAUGUUUUAGAUCCAAAGCUAUAUCCAACAUACUUAUUCAAAAUGAACAUUCCCUUUUUUAAGGUCCCUAAUCAUGUCCCUCAAGACAUACUAUUAAUUCAAGAUCUCGUUGAUGUUCCACCCCCACCCAGCUCCAUUCGAAAUGUGUUGCCCGGAGCUACUGAGGAGAAUGAUGACUCCAUCGCUAGUUCAGGUAGCGAGCUUGACAGUGAGGAAGAGGUUGAAGCUGGCCUUGUUGUCCCAGAAGAUGAUCAAGGCCAUCAUACACCAACUGUCUUAUCUGACUCAAGUUCAGACUCUGAGAGUGAUUCGGAGCCCGAGCCUUCUUUAAAAAUGGAAAGCCCUGAUGAAAAGCCCUUGCGAGAUAAUAAUAUCACAGUCGAUAUCGAUGACGAUGAUGAAUCCGGGCCAGGAGCGACUUUAGCUUAUGUUCAAACAAAAAAUGAGGUAGUCGAUGCAGACAUUUUGAUCCCUCCUGUCACGACUAUCGGAUCUGAUGAAAUGUUGGAGAAAGUCGGAGAGAUUACGAGUAUCGUGGGCAAUGUCGUCAUUGUCAAAGGUGUCGCUUCUGGGCUCAUGACAAGAGCCUCUGAGAAAGCUCUAGACGCUGAUACUCUUCUGGCAUUUGAUGAUAGAGAGGUGCUAGGCUAUAUCUAUGAGACAUUCGGUCCUACUUCCCAGCCGUUAUACCAAAUAAAAUUCAACCAAAAGUUUCCGCUGGACCCAGAGAAAGUUCGGGUUGCUCGUGAAGUCUUCCAUGUACCACAGCAAAGCAAUUUCGUAUUUGUCAAUCAACUAAAAAAGCUGAAAGGGAGUGAUGCUAGUAACAUAAACGACGAGGAGCCUGCAGAUCAUGAAUUGGAGUUUUCUGAUGAUGAACAAGAGGCUGCACAUAAGAGCCGCAAUAAGAGGCGUUCGCAGUCUGUUGCAUCUUCUAGGGCGUCGACACCUGCACAUUCCCGGAAGCGUGAAGAGGAGCUCACGAGUGUCCCUUUCUUUGGAAGCAACCCAUACGCUGAACAUGGCCCCUACGAUAUGGAUUUCAGUGUCCCCGGUCCAUCUCGCCCACCACCUAUCCCGUACGAUGACCCAUACGCGGAGGAAUUCAAGGUUGAAGAGUUGAAAUACGAAGAUGAUCCUUCACCUGAGACCUUGCGCAGCAUGAUUCGCCCGGUCGACCAAGCUCCAGAUCGCUCUCAUCACGAAACACAAACCAGACCGGUCAGAGGUCGGGGACGUGGGCGAGGCAGAGAAAGGGGCCGUGCCAAACAUUCAAAUUGGGAGAGUCGUACUCCACGAGAAAACCCAGGACGAACCUGGGGAGGACGUGGGCGUGAUUCUCAUCGCCGGGGAUCAGGCUCAUGGAAUGAGGGACAAGGAGCUCCUCAAGAUUUUAUGGCACAAUCUUAUCAGCCAUAUGAUCCGUACGCGCCUCAGUCGAUAUCGCCGACAUCCCCGGUUGUCGAUGGAGCGACAAGCUCCCAAUUUGAAUCAUCUGCUGGUAUGGCCGGCGCCGACUACCAAUCCAUGCACGUUCCUUCAUCUGCAGCGUCACCUUGGGCGUUUCCGCCUGAAAUGUAUGACCAGUCGUAUGUCCAGCCGCAUAUUAAUCCUCGGUUUGCAUCUGCAUUUGGUAUGAAUUUCAAUCAUACGGCUCCAUCGUGGCGCGGGCCGCCGCAACAAGGACAGUAUAAUCUGGGAUAUCAAGCCGCGCAACCUCCUCAGAACUGGUCUGAUGAAUGGACUGUGCACGGCAUAACAUCCCACGAACCCCAUGGCAGUAAUGAUUUUCCCACAUCUGGAGCAUCAGAGCGCCCAGCCCCCGAGGAAGCAAGGCAGGGCACUAUGCCUCCCUAGCUUUGUAGGAUGAUAGGGGGGGAAAGGUUGUUUCUUCGCAAAAGACCCACUAGUAUGGGAGGUCGGGACACCUGUGAUGCUGAAUUUCAUCUCAUAAAUCACAGUGCAUGGCAAGUACAUUGCUGUAUCAUUGCUGUGUGGUUUGGCUCUACAACACGUGUAGAUCUUUCACUGAUUGGCAGCGAACUUCUAAUUAUUGGAAGCAAGCUUCGUAGACUGAC